CUGCUGCGGCGGGCGGCGCCGAGCGGUGUCGGGCCCGUGGUCCCGCAGGACGGAGGAUGCCGGAAAGCCAGGAUAAUUUUCAAGGGUGGAUGGCAGAACCAACCAGCCUUUCUGCGGGUGCAGAACAGACACAGAAAAAAGAGAGCGUUGCCGCACAGUUGAUGAAGCAUGAAAAGGAAGUUGGUGUUCCUUCUAAUGAACUUGGUUCAGCAGACGCAGCUACUGACCAGAAAGAGCAAUCUACAUCAGAAAUAAGAAAAGACUAUGUAUACAGAAGUACUGGGAUACCUGAGAAGACAGAUAUGACUAAAUCACUUGUGACAGAUCAGGAUGCAUCUAGAAACUGUGAACUGUAUCUACCUGUGUCUAGUAAUUGUUCAGCAAUUGAGUCAUCUGAGGACAGUGAGGAGGACAUGUAUCGUGACGCAGAAGAAAUAGAGAGAGAGAAAAUAUUACUUUGUGAGACAAGCUCUUCAGAUUAUAAACUAAGUGUUGCACCUGAAAUGGACAUCAUGGAGUAUUGCAGAAAAGAAUGGAGAGGAGAUACACCAGUUGCAAAAAGGAUGAGAAAGGGAUAUGAAGCAGUUGCUCAGAAGUUUGCAUCUAUAAGGAGAGUACGAGGUGACAACUAUUGUGCUCUCAGAGCAACUCUUUUCCAGGCACUAAGCCAAGCUACCCAGUUACCAAGCUGGCUGCAGAGUGAGGAUUUUACUAUGCUUCCUGAAAACUUGCUGAGCAAAUAUGACUGGAUCAAGCAGUGGCAGCUAAAACAGAAACUGGGCAGGAAGAUGGGAGAAAUAAGUGAUGAAAUUAAAGAAUAUUUAAUACUUCUAAGGAAGAAGGUUGGAAAAUGGAAGAAUAUAAGUGAAAUUAAGGGUCCUUCUGAGAAACAAGAAGCUUGUGAUAAAUUGUUUAAAAAUGAAGAGGAGGAGUAUAGCCUCUAUGAAGCACUGAAAUUUUUGAUGCUUAACACCGCCAUUGAAUUAUACAAUGAUGAUAAAAAUGGAAGGAGAGUUCCUGUCUUCUCAUGGUUACUGUUUGCACGGGAUACAUCUAGCAACCCUUGUCAGUUAAUGCAUAAUCACUUGAAUCAUAUUGGUCACAGUGGAGGCCUUGAACAAGUGGAAAUGUUUCUCCUUGCUUAUGCUCUGCAGUAUACCAUCCAAGUGUAUCGAUUGUAUAAAUAUAGUACUGAUGAAUUCAUCACACUUUAUCCCAAUGACCCGGAGGAGGACUGGCCUGUGGUGACUCUCAUAACUGAAGAUGACAGACAUUAUAAUAUUCCAGUCAGAAUGUGCCAAGAGACUGUGCUGUAAACAAGUGAUUUUUGGCAGACAAACCUAUGCUGCUUAGCGAGGUUUCCAGUGCUAUUUUGAAACAGGAUGAUGAUGAAAUCUGCAUUAUUAAACCUACAACAACUUGAAAUCCAUAUUUUAGAAGUUUACAUGUGAACUAAAAUAUCAAAUAGGUACAAGCUUAAAGAGUAAAAAUUCUGCAAGUAUGGCUUUUGUUGCUCAUAAAAAAAACCCCAAAUUUCUGCAAGUCUUUUUUUGAAGGGCUUGCUCUGAAUAGGAAUGCAAAAACUAUAGAUUUACUUCUUUUAAGAAGAUAGGUGAGGCUCUGUGGUAAGACAUGAGCUGAACUUCCGCUCCCCGAAACAAUGAGAUAAUGAUGAAUUGAAAUUUCUGCAAAAGUAAGCUGGCAGUGUCCUGACUGAUACUUGUAGUGCUGCUUAGAGGCAAUUUGUAAAAAUCUUGGGUCUCAGGAAGCAAUAUAAUUCUUUUGCAGUUGGAAUUUAAUGCCUGCCAUGGUUUAUGCUAGAGAGAUGUUAUUUAAAGUUUUCUAAUGCUUUGGGUUUUUUCCCCGACAUGAAUAUCUCUUAUUUAGAAGCCAGUCGUCUGUUACACUGAAAAUAAAGAGCUCUUUCCCUUUCAACCCCUUGAGAAGAUCAUGGCAAAGAGACUUGAUAAUAAGGGAGUAUAAAAGUUGUUUGUUAGUAGGUCACAAAUUUAACAGCUACACAGAAUUCCCUCUUCAGUUAUGAUAGCUGGUGUGAGAUAACCACGUGCCCACUAACUUCCGUGUCUGUUCAUAUUACUGUUCCUGUAAUGUUAGUCCUCACUGGCAGCUGCUGCGGAGAGCAUCAGGAUUUUAAUUUGUCUAGGGAGUGCAGUAGAUGGAAGUAAACUUCUGGUGUAACUUCUCCACUCUUGGGAGGAGUACACGGGAGGUUCCGUUUCUGCUUAGAAUUAUUAAUUAUGCUUUAAAUUGAAGGAAUACAGAAUAUAUCAGAUGCUGGGAGUGCUGACAUACCUAAAAAAAUAAUUAAGUAAUAAAACCUUUGCCUUUUAGCUUAAAGUGGAAGUAUGCCCUACAGAUGAUUCUCAGAACAAGAGAGUGAAAGUUCAUUUAAAUGAAAUGCUGGUCAUACACAGAUCACUUGGCUUCUCUUAGAAGGCCUUCUUGUAUAAAAGGGAUAAGAUUAUAAAAACUACUUUUCAUUCAAAGAUUCUGGAGGAAAUGACAUGCAAAACUUCAAAUUCUCCGGUUUUGUUCUACUUAAAAUUAAUUUGUUAACUUUUCUUUUACUGUGAAAGGUCAUUACACAAUGAGAAUGUGUAUUCACUAUGUUCUAAAAUGUGUUUUACACACAUCUUAAUGAGGUCUGUCGUACUCAAGUGUUGUAUUUAUCAUGUUGUCUUUGCCUUUUGAAACAACUAGUUUGAUCUGUUACUGAAAAUUUCUGGGAGCUACAAGGGAAUAAAAAUAAACCAAUUUAUCUGGCAGUA